AUGUGCAACUACUGCGAAAUCCUCACCUACAACUGCGGCCACGAAACCGUCACUACAAAACCCAUCCCCUCAAGCUUCUGCCUCUUCCGGCACCAAGGGAUCUGCACGCGGGAGCUCGGCCGCUUCCGCAUCCUCGAAGAGUACAUCGACGACUGGUGUCCGCACUGCUCGCCAACAGCGCAGCACAUGCGCCGGCGACGCGACGCGACCGGCAACUUCCGGACGCCGUUCGCGAGCCCGCUAGAGCUGCAGCAGCAGCAGCAGACGCGGUCCAAGCUGGGAACCGCGCAGUACGUUCCGGCGCGGGCUCCGGGGGAAAACCGGCUGCGCCAGCUCAACGCCAUCGCCGGCCGCGCCAUUCAGAACCAGAUCCAGCGCCCGGAUUCGUAUAACACGCCCUUUGUCGUGUGGGUCCUGAGGUACAUCGCCUCGCUGCCGGCGUGGCUGGACCGCGCGGCGCUGGCGGCGGCGCUGAGGCCCUGGUUCGCGGAGUUGUUGGACGAGCAGGCGCAGGUUUGCGUGAGGCCCGCGCUGAGGGCGAUGCAGUGCGAGGAGUACUUGGAUGAUGUUAUGGUUUGGAUGGGUUGUUGAUGGGGAUAUGUACCUACAUACCUGGGUUAGGUGCCAGGUGCCUAUCAUACGUCGGGAGUGUUUAUAAUAUUUACCUCCUGCCUACAU